AUUAGUGAGGCUGUAUUCUGUAUUUUUCAGUUUGUCCAUGAAGAACCCCUGAUGGGAGUAGGUCACAUGAUUAUAAGUAGGCCUAGCUAGCUGUGCUGGAGCUCACACACACUCUCUCUCUCACACACACACCCCUCACAUCAUUUUUCCCCAACCCAAGGUUUUAGACUCUCGCCAUGAGAAUUCGUCUCCACAGUCCACACACACACGCACAGAGAGAGAGAGCAAAAGGGAGAGAAAGAUACUGUAGCUAUUUCCUGUUAAUGAGUAAACAGUGUGUCAAGGCCCUUGCCCUGUGGACAUGAAGGGAGCAUGUUGGAACAUUUGCUAGUGGCAGUGUACUGACUAAUGUUUUACAGUCAGUCAGUGUUGUAGUGGAGUAUAAAUGCCAUUUACGCACCUUUUUUAUUUUGUAUUAUCGUUUACUGAAUUUUUUCUGGGAAAAUUCAUUGAAAGUAGAGAAAGCGUUACUCUACUUACACUGCGUUCACCCGCCGGGAUACUUGGCUGACCUGUAUUUCACGCUCCACACCCCCUCUUGCCUCCUCCCCUUUCCUCCCAGCAGUCCUGUAUACAGGUUCCAUCCCCCAGGCUCCCAUGGCCUCCCCAUGGCCUUGGUCCCAUCAUCCUGACCUUUAACCCCCACAUACUGUAACACAUGGAUGACCUGGAUACUCUCAGAGGACUUUCUCCUCGACCCCCUCCUCCUGAGGACUCUGUGUCCCUCUCCUCAUCCAGCACCAGCAUCAUCAACUUAGAAGAUGGCCACUACAGUGCCCUGCUAGCAGAGUUGGAGGCUGAUGCUCAGGACCUAGAGGGAGAGUCCUGGAGUGUCUCUGUGGACCAGCAGUACAUAAAGAGAUUACACAAAGACGCUAUAAAGAGACAAGAUGUCAUCUAUGAGUUGAUCCAGACAGAGGUGUACCACAUGCGGACCUUGAAGCUGCUGCUGAGUGUGUACCAGUAUGAGCUGAGACACAACCUACAGAUGGAGGAGACUAUGCUGGACAGGAUGUUCCCUCAGAUGGACAGCCUGCUGCACAUCCACCAACACUUCCUGUGGUGUCUUAGAGACUGCCGCGACGUACAGAAUCACUACACAGUCACACAGCUGGGAGCUAUACUCAUCAACCAGUUUUCAGGUGAGAUGGGAGAGAGGAUGAAGGAGAGCUAUGGAGACUGCUGCAGUCACCACACAGAUGCUGUCAGCUUCUACAAAGAACAGCUACAGAACAACAAGUUCCAGAACUUGAUUAAGAAAAUCAGUCGGUUGUCCAUCGUGCGGCAGUUAGGAGUCCCAGAAUGUAUUCUGUUGGUGACUCAGCGGCUCACAAAGUACCCCUUUCUGGUCGAACACAUUCUACAGAACACUGAUGCUGACAGUGAGGAGCACGAUGCCCUGGCCCAAGCCCUGGUUCUGAUCAGAGAGACAAUCUCUGCUGUGGACUCUCAAGUCCAUGACUAUGAGAGGGCCUCUAGGUUGAGAGACAUAGGCAGCAGUUUGGAAUCUCAUUCCCACAGCAGGCUGAAGGACGGAAGGGUGUUCAAGAGAGAGGACCUGGCAGUGGGGUCCAGAACCCUGCUCCAUGAGGGGACUGUCAACUGGCAGGCAGCCAAUGAAUGGCUGAAAGGAAGUCUAUGUAUGAAGGAUGCCCAGAUCAUGCAGAGCCUGACAGAGAAGCUGCGUAUGUUUGCUGACAUGGCGGAGGCUGUAACAGGGCUGGAGGAUGUAGCUAAUCACUCUCGUCUGCUGCUCCGUAGUGACGACUUAGACCCCCAGCAGGGGGAGACACUGCUCAAGGGGGCCAUCACUGAGGUGGAGAAUCUGCAGAACCUUCUCCUGUCCGGUGUGACUCUGAGAGACCCCUACCCCCCUCCAGAGGACUUCCUGGUAUCAGGGGGAUACAGUUUGAGGCCAGAAGAUCUACAGCUCCUUCGAGGGGGGCUAGGCCUUGGUGGGCUGCGGAACCUGGCGGCACUCAGGAGAGCCGAAACCUUAGGGCGCUAUGUCUGCAAUCCCUUACCCCCUAUGAAGAAUAGUAAUAUACAGGCGGGAGAACGGCCAGGCAGUGUGGCGGUACAACCUCUAGACAGAGGUCAGCAUUCAAACUCUGACCCCCAGCUACAGGAUCUUGACCAGUCAGAGAGUCUGGAACUGUCGGCUGAUGAGUCACCAGCAUCAUACUGGACUUCUCCAUGCCCAAAUCCAUCCUUUCCUGAAGCUGAGUUCUUUGACAGAGUGCUGCUGCUCUCACAGAAACUCUACAGUCUGCUGGCCAUCGUGUCCCAGCAGGACAGCCACAUUGAGUUGCAGCGUGCCUCGCUGUCAGAGCGUGAGCAUCCGGGCCGUCCUCGUGGAAAUGUGCUCCUGGAGCAGGAGAAACAACGUAACAUGGAGAAACAGAGAGAGGAGAUGGCUAACUUCCACAAGCUGCAGACACAGCACAGACAAGAACAGGCUCGCUGGGAGGAGGAGCGGGAGUGCCACCAGUUGCAGGCGGAGAUCCUGGAGGCGGAGCUAAGACAGAGAGAGGAGGAGUGUAGGAGAAUGAAGGAGAAGCUAGCAGAGGAGAGGGGGGAGCUGGAGAGAUGGAGAAAAACCUACCAACAAGAUCUGGAGAGGCUGAGGGAGUCUACAAGGACUGUGGAGAAACAGAAGGAACGCCUGGAUUUACAGAUGAAGUUGAAGAAGAACAAGACCAUUGCCAAACCUGGGAGUUUUAACUUCAACACUCAGCAGGCUCUCCCCCACUCCCAGUCGUUCCGAGGGGACCUCCCCCACUCUGCUUCCUUCCAAGGGGACCUCUCCCAGUCGUUCCGAGGGGACCUGAUGGGUGGUUGGACCACGGGAGGUGACGUGACCCCCAUCCCGGCCUCUAAGGUCCACGUCCAACCCAGCCCCUCUCUAGUCACAGCUUUCUUCCUGGAGCCGCCCCCGGAGGUGCCCCUUCAUAGGGAGAGCAUCAGCCCUGCGCCCCCUAAAGCGGAGGUUCCCAUUCACCUGAUCAGCACCACCGACCAGGUGGUCCACAAGCCAGGGGCUGUGCAGCAGCAGAUCCCCACCAAGCUGGCUACCCUCAGCAGCAAGGGCAAGGAGAAGAGCAGAAAAAAGGGAUCGCACCAGCGAAUGCAUAGUGCAGCAUCUAUAGACAUGUCUCAGGUGGUGCCGAUCAGAGUGACAAGAAAAGAGUGCGGGAGUCUGCGAGGGAAGAGGACUGUGAGUCCUCACAGGAGCUACCAAUCAGAUCGUUUCCUUAGUCCUCCAGAGCCUCUGUUCAAUGCCAAGCACUCCCAGAACCUAUUGUCCAGCAGCAGCAUGAGGAGGAACAGCCAGAUCCACUUCCCUCCACCCGAACCUCCCCAUCCUCCACCCUUCCCAAAAGACAUAGCAAGCAAACCAACCAAGGAACGCGUAAUCUACCUGUAAGGACACAGGGUAAGACCAAAACCCUAACUCAUAGGGCCUAUGCCAGGGGUCUGCAAUUGGGUGCCUGUGUGCCAAAACCGGUCCAUAAGUGAUUUUAUUUGGCCCGCCAAAGCAGUCUGUUCUGAUCAAAGUAAAGAUGUGAUUUUUAAAAUAUUUUGACUGAUUUGGCUUUUCUAAUUCCUUGUACUUCUUGAGUGCCUGUUGAAUUUCCAAAGACAUUUAUAUUGUUCUGAUGAGUGUUUCUGUCAUGGUUUAAGAGGAAGUGUCUCUAACCACUCAAGGUCUUUACUUUUAAAGGAUUCUUAUUCAUGUUGAGCGGUGUUGUUAGGAAGCUGUUUAUUAUUUUAACUUGUUUACAGAUCUGAGGUGCCAAGCACGUUUUAUUCUCAGAGCACAUUAGAAACUACUCUAAUCUAUAUAGUUGACCUGCUGCUUGAAAUCAGAAUGUCUUAAUGAAAAUAAUGCAUUUGUCAUAGAAUGUAUGGAAGUAAAUGUAGCUUUAUCUGUUAGAGGGAAUAUUAACUGUAUGGGGUUAUGGUGUAUUUUAACACUGAAUAAUAAUGACUACUGGACAUAAAUGAUGCCAAUUCUACUGUGGUUUCUGUCAUGAGGGAGACAGGAAUGGGUGUCAUGACAGUUUGUGCACUUGGUGGAAUGUUGAAUGCAGAAGGCCUGACCACGCGAUAUCAACGCUCAAAAUGGAUUGUAGUAAGUCAAGUUUUACCACACAGCUUCCCUGUGUGCGUGAAUGUACAGAAAUGUUUGGACACUCUGUGUUCAGUUUGAACUGGAGCAAAUAGUUUUUCCUUUUUGCUCAUUGUGUAACUGUAACAAGGUUAUGUUCUGGGAACCAAGGUAACUUAAUUCAAAAAGUUUCAUUAUUAUGUUUUAAUAUUGGGGAGGUUGUUUGGAAGGAUUUGUGAAUUAUGUUGCUCACGACUUCCAGUGAACACAUAAAUAGAAUUAGAACACGUUAUAUACAGUGCCUUCAGAACGUUUUCAUACCCCUUGACUUAUUCCACAUUUUGUUGGGUUACAGCCUGAAUUCAAAAUUGAUAACAUUUUUGUUUUUCUCACCCAACUGCAAACAAUACCCCAUAAUGAGUGAAAACAUGUAAAAAAAAAAAAAUGGUUUUGCAAAUGUAAUUCAGAAAUCGAAGUAUUCAUACCCCUUUGCUAUGACACUCCAAAUCGAGCUCAGGUGCAUCCAAUUUUCUUUGAUUAUCCUUGAGACGUCACGACAACUUGGCUAAAUUGUUUGGACAUGAAUUUGAAAGAAACACACCUGUUUAUAUAAGGUCCCGCAGUUGACAGUGCAUGUCAGAGAAGAAACUAUACUAUGAAGUCCAAGGAACUGUCCUUAGAUCUGAGAUAAAAUUGUGAUGAGGUAUAUAUCUGGGGACGCGUAUAAAACUAUUUCUAGAGUGUUGAAAGUUUCCAAGAGCACCGUGGUCUCUAUCAUUGGGAAAUUGAAAAAUAUGGAACUACCUAGACUCUGCCUAGAGUUGGCCUUCCGUCCAAACUGAGCAACAAGGGAGGCUAUGACCACUCUGACAGAACUACAGAAUUCCUUGGCUGAGAUGGGAGAACCUGCCAGAAGGACAACAUUCUCUACAGCACUUCACCAAUCUGGGCUUUAUGGGAGGAUGGCCAGACGGAAAACACAUCUGAGAAAAAGGCACAUGACAGCACACCUACUUUCUGAAGGCACUGUAGAUCUCUAUGGUCUGACUAUUCUGUUGUAAUAUCAUUGUCCUGCUGAACUGUUGUUGUUCUUCCCAUCCACAGCUGAUAGAAAUAAUAAAAACAAAGAACCAUGA